AUGGCAAUCUAUUGGACAACAGAAUCAUGUUCCCUGGCUGUCACGUCAUUGCUUCCUUUGCUGUUAUUUCCCAUACUCGGCGUUCUCAAAGCGAAAGAGAUCAGCACGCCAUAUUUCAGCGACACUAACGUUCUGUUUAUCGGAGGAAUGAUGUUGGCUGUAGCUGUGGAGCAGUGGAAUUUACACAAGAGAAUCGCGUUGAAAAUAUUGCUCCUGAUUGGAACAAAACCUAGGAGGUAUAGACUUCAUUGCCGCAUUACUACUGAGUUAAGCUCAGAUACCAAGCGGAAUUUAAUACAGCGAUACCCCUAUUGAAGUCCUGGUCAAGUAAGAGUCAGAUUCGUAACUGAAGCGGAAGUUGGGUGGGGGCAGUCCUUCACCACUGCCAGACCGUGCCUAGCAGCGUGAAUCUGUUUAUCAUGAACUUUGCACCUGGCGUCCUAUCACAUUUCAACAUUUGUGCGGCCAAAAAAUUUACUCCAAUCCAGUCCGUUGGUCGGAAUAUUACCCCUGUCAGCCCCGGUUGGGAAUUGCUGACCCGUGUUGGCAAGAAUAGUCUUCAACCCGGGUCCAUGACGACGCUGCUGACCCAGAUUGAAAAUCAACACUGAUUCGUGUAAAUCCAGGGAUGGAUCCAGCAUGAUCUGGUAGGGGGGGGGUGCAAAUUUUUUUAGGGACCGCUAUUUAAAAAAUUUUUCCGGAAAAAUUUUAUUUCGGAGAGCAAUGACCUCCCCCCCCCCCAGAAUUUGAAUUGUAAUUGUUGUUCACAGUUUGCUUAUCAUCAUGUUAUUACUCAAAUUACUGAAUCUCAUUUUGUCUCUAAUAAUUUUUUGCUUUAUUAUGAAAAAUAGCACCCCCCUUGCACCCCCCUGGCCAUGGCUAGGGGGGGUGUGCACCCCCCCGCACCCCCCCAGUAAAUCCAUCCCUGUGUAAAUCUAUGGGGCCUAUAUAACUCUCAGACAUCAUUUUCUCUUUGGCGUAUUCAUCUAAAAUCUCUUCAUUUUAGCAUUAUUUUGCAGAUAAAGCACUAAACAUACUUUUUGACUUACGGAUGUUGCAAAGCAAUACACCCUUUUCAUAAAUGGCUGCCGAUUAAAAAUUCUUUUAUGUGCAUAUAAAUUGGCCCAACUAGCCUCGUUUCUGGGUAGAAAUUCCUUUGAAAUCUUAACAUGAGUACGAGGCUAGUUGGGCCAUUUAUAUGCACAUAAAAGAAUUUUUAAUUGGCAGCCAUUUAUGAAAAGGGUGUAUAUCUGUGAGUCUUUGUGGUUACUUGAGUGUGGCGCAGUUAAACAAUGGGAAAUGACCGGUCUGCUUUGCGCGCACUGUUUGCCUGCGAAUCGGGCCUUACAGAACCGGAAAUUGGGCUGCAGCACGCGGUAAGCACGGCAAAUGGGAAAAUGGACGACUUGCGCUUUAGACUAAAUUUUAAUCUAAGUAAGAACAACGAAAUCUAUUACCACAGUUGGAAAGAGCGUCUUGGAAUUAGUAAUAUUACAAAGUUUGGUUGCGAAAAGUUGUAAAAUACGGAAAAUAGUCCCUUCAAAGUUGGCAGUUUGUAUACUUUUGUAUUACGUGCAUGAACUAAAUUAGUUACCAAUUUCCGCACGUAAUAGAAAUGUAUACAAAUUUGCCAAAUUCGCAGGGCUAUAUUUUCCGUAUUUUACAACAUUUCGCAAACUUUGCAGUUUUUCUAAUUUUGAUAACUUCUCAGUCCGAAAAUAUCCUUUGUUAUUCCCAGAUUAAAAAUGUUUCUAAAGCGCAAGUCGUCCAUGCAUUUGCACCAUGCCCGUUUGCAAAAACAACUGCAAGCUGCUGUAAUUCUUUCUGUCACUUUCAUUUGAUGAUUUGAUCCGCGAGUCGGCCUCAACAGCCUUUGAUUAAGUUUGUUUGUCAGUUGGGAAACGUAGCGAAAAAUAAAAGUUUUGAAUGUGUUCAUGUCAUGUAGCAUACAAAAAUUCUCCUCUAAAGUUAAAAAAGACUUAAUACAAAAAUUUGUGCAAGACAAAUCGGUCAAAUUCUAGUUCAGUUUGGAUAAAAAUCGGUUAAGAAGGGGCCAAUGCAUAGCUAUCUGCGAGUUCAAAUCUAAAUGGUUGAUUUAUUCAAUGUGCAUAAAUCCUUGACCUGUCCAAUAUUUGAGUGCUGUCUUGUUUAAUAUUGAAAUAAAUAAUGACUUUUUCCGUCGUCCGAAGAUUUCAAUACAUGAUUAUUUAUGAUAAACCAAUGUUUAUGAAACAAUUAGGAGAUGGACAAGAAUAUCAACUAAAAAACGUCUAGUUCCUUCGUCUUCGAUAUCAAUGUAAUCUAAUAAUCAUGAUUAUUAGAUUACAUUGAUAUCGAAGAAACUUGACUCAGUUCCGAAAUAUCACAUACUCGAACCGACCUGACCGCGUAGCUCAGUUGGCAGAGCAUUGGGCUAGUAUUCCAAAGGUCGUAGGUUCGAUUCCCACCGCCGGUGGCCAGGCAUAUUUUUCAAGCCUGCCCGGUGUGGAUAUACACUCAGAGUAACAUCACAAGCAUGCUAAAAUAAGUUAACAUGGAAACGAGGCCACUGGGUAAAAGAGACUAAUAAAUAAUAAUAAUAUAUUAUAAAACAAGCGUUUUUCUCUUCAACAUGCGGAGAUGAUAUUCGCCGAAAGACGCAACACUUGCGGAAUUUAUACGUGGAAUUCAAAGCAGGACGAGAACUUUCUGCAUGCAUAUCGUUUUUUGGCAAUUCCGUUGAGAUUCCCGGAAGUUCUCAUUAAUCUUGUGACCUGCCAGCCACUUGUACAGUUUACUUACAUACGGCAGUGAUUCACAACAUUCUUUAAUCGCUUUUCUUAACGCUGUAUAUAUCGUAACGAUGAGUAGUAAAUCGUCUGCUUCUUAUCACGGACAGUGGAAGUACGGAACUGAAUGUAGCCAUUCGUAUAGUCAUUACAAAGUGAAAAAAAUCAGAUGGAUCCGUGUUCCGAUGUCCAAUGGUUUUGCGAGAGGAGCAACACAAACAGGGAUCGAGAGUGCUGCUCGGAAUUGCUACACUGGGCACAACAGCAUGGUUUAACGGCGGAAUCAAGGAUUUGUCUCAUGAAUGUAUUGAAAUAUUAACCGAAUGCACACGCUGCGGUAAUUCACCACGAUUCACAGCCGAACUCUGUGGCCAAGGUGAUAAGAGCUUUCUGUGUGGCUAUUACGGGAAGGAGUACAAUGCACGCCACACAUUCGAGCCUUCGUCGAUGACAUUAGCUUACGUCAAAAAGAAGUAUGACGAAAUGGGAACAAGUUAUGGCUUGGUUAAUGGAAAUUGUUGUCAUUGGGCUUCGAAGCUAUGGGAUAAACUGCGAUAGGAUAAUUUUGUAACCUUAUUUAACGCCAAGGCAUAUUCUUGAAGACACUAAUUCUUUGAGUCGCUCAUAUAAACAGAGACAAAAACUAGACGCGUCGCGUCGUUAGAGAUAGAAUAUUGAAAACGAGGUUUUAACAAACAUAUUGCAUUUUGCUCUUUUCUCUUUGGUGAAGCAGCCAUACGAUCAGAGCUCUUGGAAUUCGUCCAGUCGACCUAUCCAAUCUUUGAGUGCUGUCUUGUUUAAUAUUGAAAUAAAAGAUGACUUUUUUCCGUCGUCCGAAGAUUCGACACAUGAUUAUUUAUGAUAACCGAAUGCUUAUGAAACAAUUACGGGAUGGACAAGAAUAUCAACUAAAACAUGCACAACUAUAAUGACUUAAUUAUUUCACGAAAUGAGUAGCCCAUAUAUGUACCAAAAUCCAGUAUGCUCAUGAGCACGACCAGUGUUAGCGGAUUUUGGUAUAUAGGCUAUAUAAUAUGAGCGUGCUUAUGAGACACCAGAAUACAUGCAAUAAUGUCACAGGGCCUCGAAGUUUCUGUUCAUUUGUAGAAAUAAAGCAAGAUUUUAGCAAAAGUGUUAACAUAUUCCAUUUCGCUCCUGUCCCUUUGGUUAUAUAAAUGCGUUAAUUCUUAACACGUCACAUUCAUGUUAAAAUAACAAUAUAUAGCUGCGCAUUUAGAAAAAUACAGCUACCAUGCAGAAAAAUAUAAGCAGAAUUUCAACGUUUCCCAAGGGGAAGCGGGACGAAGCGCUUUAGCUUGAAAUGUCUUUGUCCGAAAGAUCUGCUUAUAUUUUCAUAUUGUUAUAUCUCUCUCAAUUUAUAGUUGUGUUGCUAAUUCUAAGUAUGCAUCUUUAAUUAAGCAAGGGGACAUCACUUUAUGCGCAAGUAACGGUCAUCUCGUAUUGAUCGAGUAUUACUACAGGAGGAAACCUAACCUAAACUGACUUUAUUUAUACUGGAUAGCUCUAUCAGUUCUAAACUGUUCUCUCUAGAGGUCCAGUAAGGAUCAUCUCGUAUUGAUGCAGUAUUAUUACAGGAGGAAACCUAAAUUAUAAACUAACCUUAUUUAUACUGGAUAGCUCUAUCAGUUCUAAACUGUUCUCCCUAGAGGUCCAGUAAGGAUCAUCUCUUAUUGAUUCAGUAUUACUACAGGAGGAAACCUAAACUAACUUUAUUUAUACUGGAUAGCUCUAUAAGUUCUAAACUGUUCUUCCUAGAGAUCCAGUAAGGAUCAUCUCUUAUUGAUCCAGUGUUACUACAGGAAGAAACCUAAACUAAACUAACUUUAUUUAUACUGGAUAGCUCUAUCAGUUCUAAACUGUUCUUCCUAGAGGUCCAGUAAGGAUCAUCUCUUAUUGAUCCAGUGUUACUACAGGAGGAAACCUAAACUAAACUAACUUUAUUUAUACUGGAUAGUUCUAUCAGUUCUAAACUGUUCUUCCCAGAGGUCCAGUAAGGAUCAUCUCUUAUUGAUCCAGUGUUACUACAGGAGGAAACCUAAACUAAACUAACUUUAUUUAUACUGGAUAGCUCUAUCAGUUCUAAACUGUUCUUCCUAGAGGUCCAGUAAGGAUCAUCUCUUAUUGAUCCAGUGUUACUACAGGAGGAAACCUAAACUAAACUAACUUUAUUUAUACUGGAUAGCUCUAUCAGUUCUAAACUGUUCUUCCUAGAGGUCCAGUAAGGAUCAUCUCUUAUUGAUCCAGUGUUACUACAGGAGGAAACCUAAACUAAACUAACUUUAUUUAUACUGGAUAGCUCUAUCAGUUCUAAACUGUUCUUCCUAGAGGUCCAGUAAGGAUCAUCUCUUAUUGAUCCAGUGUUACUACAGAAGGAAACCUAAACUAAACUAACUUUAUUUAUACUGGAUAGCUCUAUCAGUUCUAAACUGUUCUUCAUAGAGGUCCAGUAAGGAUCAUCUCUUAUUGAUCCAGUGUUACUAAAGGAGGAAACCUAAACUAAACUAACUUUAUACUGGAUAGCUCUAUCAGUUCUAAUCUGAUCUUCCAGUAAGAAUCAUCUCUUGUACUGAUCCAGUGUUACUACAACAAGAAACUUAAAUUAAAUUACACUCACUAGCGAAACCAACACUAAAUCAUAUUUUCUAAUAUUUAGGUUAUUGCUUGGUUUCAUGUGUCCAACAGCUUUUCUCUCAAUGUGGGUGAGCAAUACAGCCACGACGGCAAUGAUGGUUCCCAUCGCUCAAGCCGUACUCGGAGAAAUUAAAGAAAUCAAGACACUUGGUGUAAAAAGGAAUGAAACAGACGACAAAGGAGAAGUUAUCGAGAAUCCAGAGCAACUUGAAAUGAAUGUACUGAACGAAAAAUCAUGUAGUACAGCACAGAUUACUACCACGGAUGACCUAUCGGGCGAGGUAAGAGAAAUUAUGUGAGUUUUACACAGUCCAUCUCGGAAACUGGAGUUAGAUUUUUGCUAUAUUACAAAUUUUUGUAGUUCGCUAUAGCCACAGCUACUUCAAAAAUAUGUAGUCAGUUACAACUACUGCUGCUACUUUUGAACAAAGGUAGUUCACUACAGACUAUAGGUACUGCUUAAAAAAUGUAGCGAACUAUUCUGCUAUUUCGCUACGCUAUAUUUUUUAGUUUUACUUAUUUGGAGCAUCUACUAACUCAGACUGUAAUGUAACCUAUAACAAAUCGACUUACGAGUAGCAACAGUAAACACAAAGCAACAUUUUUGUAAGCACUACAGUGUUCAAGAGUGCAAAUUGACUAUUAAGUAUUGAUUUUAAGCAAACCGUGUCUCAAUAUCAUGCUAUUCUAUCAUGUUGCUAACAAUUUUAAAACGUAGCGAAAAGCGAUUCGUUGUUUGAAAAGUAGUUAGCUACUUCGCUACUUUUAGGCAAAAAUUAUGUAGUUCGCUAUAACUACAGCUACUGUCAGGGCCGUCCUCAGGAAAUUCUUCAGGGGGGGUGUAAUAAGGUCAAUUCAACCGACUGGUUCAAAAAAAUUUUUUCCGGAUCCGGAUCAAAAAUUUUUUGUCGACCCCCCCCUCGCCAAAAGAAUUUCGGUCAGUGUACCAUUUUAGGGGUCCAAAAAUUUUUCCGGACGUACAAAAAUUUUCCGGAACAUUAAAAAAUUUUUACAUUUUUCCUAAACAUUUUCCUAAAAUUCCCACCACGUUCUUGCCCUUUGCGUCAAAAAUAUUUAACCCAAAUAGCAGUUCUACCGACUGAAUAGCAGUCCUGCCGACUGAAUAGCAGUCCUGCCGACUGAAUACAAUUACUGGGGGGGUGUCACUCCCCCCACACCCCCCCCCCCGUAGCUCCGGGCCUGGCUACUGUUUUAAAAAAGUAGUCACUUGAAAAUUGUAGUUGACGCUACAGUAGCAAACUACAACUACUUCGCUACAACCCAUCCUUGCAUUUGAGAAGAAUAACAAAAAUGUUACAAGGUUGACGACACAAGGUUGUAACAAUACUGCUACAUCAUGACUGUAACGGACUUAAAGUUUGUUCGUUCACUGCAACCAGGUAUAUCAAUCAUGUUUACUAGUAAAUAAUAAUGGGUCUUGAUUACAAUUCGACUGGGCUUUGUAAUCAUUUAUUUAAACCAGAGUAGCGAGCGAAAAAUGAGCGUAACGGACUUGCUGGAACAACCUUGCAACAAAUUUGAUAAUAUCAACAAGUUUGUUACAAGUAAUAAAUAAUCUCUCCCCCACCAUUCGUAAUAGUUCAUCCGUUUCCUCCUUUAAAAACAGACUAACUGUUCAUUACUCUUCUCUAAUUCAUUCAUCUUUCGAUGUAAACAGAAUGCGCACUUGGAAAACCUUCUGUUCUAAGUGUCGCUCUUUCAAGUUAAGCUGUUGUUCAUAAUUCGUCAUGUUUUCUGUAAAUUGUAUAUUUGUUCUCGUCUUUGAUUUAUGUUUGUUAUAGUUUGUUUUCAUUAAGGUUGGUCUUCACAUGGGGCUAUUCUUGUCCUGUUGACCAUACCUUCAACCAUAUUAUGUAGUGGUUUAAUCUAUUUUAUGUAUGGUUGUAAAGUUAAUAAAUAAGUUGUUAACAGCUUGUUCCAAACUUGUUGACAACUUGUGACAAGCAUUGCGAACACAACUUGUUGACGGCUUGUUCGCAGACUUGCUACAAGAUGUGAGAUUCUUGCGUGUGUUGUAAUCGAAAUCCAUUCAGAGAAGAAAAUAAGAUGUAUAUAACGAUGUAUUAUUACCCCGUACCAAUAGUAAACCUUAUUUUUUCUUAUUUUUUAAAGCCAGAUGAUAAAGCUUUCAGCAACCUAUGCAAGGCGACUAUGUUGUCAAUCGCUUACGCCGCAAACGUCGGAGGCACUGCCACUCUCACGGGGACUGGCACUAAUCUUGUGUUCGUUGGACAAACAGAAGAGUAAGUUCAACUUUUAUGUCAAUAG